AUGUCACGUCACAAGUGCAAGUCAAUGGUCGAUUGGUUGGUUGUUGACAGUCAACCCUCCGGUAUUAAAAAUCAUCCCCAAUGUCAUGUCACGUUCAUUGAUAGCAUAGCUUUCCAAGCCAAACUGCUGUUCAUCAAUGUGAAAGCUGUGAAGGCUCUUGAGAUUCUUCACGCUUUAGUGUCACAGAAAUUACUGUGA